AUGUCUGAAAACACCAUCAACCCUGCCGCCUUGAUGCAACAGGUGCCGCCAUCAAUUCCGUCGUCACAGUCAUCGGACACCGACUCAGGCUCGCCAGCUUCUUACAAUAUCGACGAACACUUGGAGAACGGAUUACGGUCAGUAACUACGUCAGAAGAGUUUUCAAUGCACUUCGAUUUCGAGUCAGCAGCCUCGAGUCCCGGGCCGAUACUCAAUGGUGGAUUGAAGAAUCUCGAAAUGCCUAGCGCACCUAACGACGCGGUAUGGAGCGCUUCAGGACCAUUUUUGGCUUCGAUUCCGGCUGGUUUGAAAAUGGAGGAGGAGAUGCAGAAAGGGGUGGCUGUUCAGACCGUGUCUAUGGAGGAUAUCAUGCUUGGCACGGCCCCUGCACCUAGUGGAUGUUUGGAGAAGGAAAUGGGACACAACGACAUGUUCGGUCAAGCAGAAACAGGCAUGCUAGACACGAUCAUGUUUGCUCAACCUGGGAUUGUCAACUCGAACAUGCCCGACGACCGCGACUAUCUUCUCAACAUCAUCGGUAUCCCCGACCACGGCGCCAAGUCGCGAGUUGAGACGCAAAUCAAGAUUACGUUGCAGUUAUGUUCCUCUUCUGGGAUGCCUCUUCGAUACACUCACCUUCAGCUUCCGGAAUACGCAAUUGCAAAAGAGAAGUUGAAGGUCAGGAAUAUGAAGGAGCCAGCGAAGGGGUGGCGACCGGAGAAUAUCGCGGUUUUGGAGGCAUUGGUUGUUUGUGCAAGUGAUGGAAGAGAAGUUACGAUCUGUGCGGGAUGUAUACAAAGAGAGAGAAAACGUGCGCAGCGUAAGAAGGAAUACAAGAGGGUUCGACCUGACCCUACUACCGACGCAGACGGCGCAGUACAAAGCGACGAGCCACCUAUUUUGCCCGAUGAGGAGCGAAAGAUUCUCAUGUUCAACACCACGGAGCUUUGCGAGUUCGACCCUCACGGCCAGAUCGUUGUUCCUACCCGCAUCACCUGUUACUGCAGACACCACAAGGAGAAGGUUGGGUUCAUCAUGAAGAUCCUAAUCCGCGACCCUACCGGUACUAUCAUCGCCAGAGCGAACAGUCCUAUCGUGAUGAUCACCGACGACCACAAAACUACUUCGAAGGUCAAGGGAACGAGCACGGCAGGCACAAGUCCAAGGGAUCCUAACACGUUUAUGGAGGAAAUAAUGUCAAGCGCCUUGACGAGCACCGCACCCAGUCCUCCCCUCCCGGCGGCGAAGAGAACGAAGAGGGGCAACUCGUUGAGUAAUGGAUCGACUACGGCUGGACCUGGUGGACCCAUCAAAACUACGAGAAAGAAGAGAUCACCGCAGCAGAGUAUGGCUGGUCCGUCAAAGCUGCCCACAAACUUGGCGAUGACCAAGCUGAAUAUUCCUACGACUCCGACAUCGGCGCAGAUCUUGCCGGCGGGCUACGAGCAAAAGAGCCCGUUGCAGCACGAGGCUAUGAAUAUCCCUAUGAGUGGUACGUCCACUGGUGCGCCGAGCAUGGUGAACACUGGUCCACCCACGCCCGACAGCGUGUCUGCUGCGAACCGUCCUCCGUUGGACUUGUCUAAUCUGCUGUUCGAAAACUACCCCAACACUGCGCCGUCGAGCAGGAUGAGCUCGCCUGCGGCAUCUUUGCCUCCGCACACGAGCCCGCAGAUGCAGAUGCAGCCUGUUAUGCAGACACCGCAGGAGCAGCUUCAUCAGAUGAACAUGUUUGAUGUUGCGAAUGCACAGUUUGGGAUGGAUGGUAUGGAGCAUGUACCACUCCCCAUGGUAUCGAGGUUGAUUCCGUGUGAGGGGCCUACGCAUGGUGGUAUCGAAGUCACGGUCUUGGGUAACAACUUUGUGCCUGGUGUGACGGUGAUGUUUGGUGAAGUGCCGGCCGUGAGCACAGUGUGUUGGUCUCCGACUACGUUGGUUUGCGUGUUGCCUCCUGCGUGUGCACCGGGUGCUGUCGUCGUCGGUUUCGGAAAGCAGAUUAUGGGUCAGUUGACGAAUGGGAUGGACACGCCGUCUACGGCGCAGAGGGUCUUUACCUAUUUUGACGAGACUGAUCGUGCGUUGAUGGAGUUGGCGUUGCAGGUUGUUGGGUUGAAGAUGACUGGACGAUUGGAGGAUGCGCGUCAGAUUGCGAUGAGGAUCGUGGGUGUUGGUGCGCAGGGUGGACAGAUGCAGGGUGCUUCUCAGGGACAGAUUCAGCAGAACUUGAGGACGAUGUUGGCGAAUGGUGUACUUGGUGUUACGGAUGGUGAGGAUCUCGAGGGGUGUUUGUUGAGGUGUCUGGACAUGAUUGAUCUUGACACGAGCCCGCACCCGGCUAGGCUGAACCACCGUAACCGUGCUGGACACAACAUGUUGCACCUCGCGACAAUGUGUGGUUACCAGAGGUUGGUUGCUGCUUUGUUGGCUCGUGGUGCGCAGACGAACGGACGUGACAAGAAUGGGUACACCCCGCUUCACUUUGCUGCCUCGACUGGUCAUGGUGGUAUUGUUGCUCGGCUGUUGGGUGCCGGUGCCGAUGUCAACGCGGUGACGAGUGGUGGUUUGACUCCGUUGAAGCUUGCUCGCCUUGGUGGAUGGGAAGCAGUUGUCGAGGCAUUGACUGCCGGACGUACGCCUGUGGCUGUGCCUGUUACUCAGCCCAGUCACUCUAGGAGCUCGUCCGUGUCGAGUGCUUACACUGUCUUCUCCCAUGUUGAUGACGAGGAGGAGUCUGAUGACACUGUUUCCGUUAGUGGUCUUGAGUGGUUGGAGGGCAUGCCGGACUAUGACUCGGACGAGCAGGACAUUGAAGAAGAAGAGGAAGAAGAAGUUUGGGUUAUCCGCAGGCGUAGCAGGAGUGCCAGUCGUGUCAGCUCUCGUGGUCGCCCGGCCGGUAUUACGAGAACCAAGUCCUACAGCGAGGUUCAAGUUUUAAGACACCAUCACAGGAAACGUUCUGGUCCGGCAACCUUGGCUGACUACGAAACCCGCAUCUCGUCAUCCGCUCCGGUCACGCCAAAGACCGAGGUUGAAGGGAUUGUUUCGGAUGCGCACACCCUCCCGGAACAACCCCCCACGACCUCUACGACUGCGCCCCCUUCGGAAAACCUUCAUCAUAGCUUGGCAGAGAUGCUCGCUUCUACCUCCGCUGCGAUCUGGUCUCAGCUUCCUGAGUCCGCGAGGAUUCCAAACUUUGUCAGACAACCUGCCAAUUACGCGUGGAAUGAGUUCCCGGCUUCUAUGGCUGGUCUCAAUGCGUUGUUGGCUCAGAUUCCUAGACCUUCUGCGUCGCGGACUUCGAGUUCUACGAGCGUGGAUGGGGCGGGUGGAAGGGAGGGAAAGGCGGGUCGGGAUCAGUGGUUUAUUCCGCCUGCUAUCAAGAACCUAUUCGAGGCACCUCCGCCGCCGUAUUCUGAGCACUGUGCUGAGGGCGAGCAAUCCGCUGGGCCGUCAUCCGUUGGUGGAGCCGAAGAGAAGGCUGCUGUUGCUACGCAGUCAUCUACCGGCACGCGCUGGACGAGGCUCAGGAAGAGGUGGGAAGCGAGGAAGGUUGAGGUUACGCCGGAACAAGCCGAGAUGAUCCGUGCGCAGAGGAAGAGCGGUGGAGGCGAUAGAAUGUUGUACUUGUUCUGGUUGCCGGUGUUGAUGCUCAUCUUUGCGAUGUUCUUGUUCCGCUUCUUGGCGAGGAUGAGUCCGGAGAUGGCAGAGAAGGGGAUUCACCUGGCAGGCGCUGUUGUGAGACGUGUUCGGGGUCGUGUCGGAGCUGUGGUGAUGGGUGCGUAA